CUCAAGUGGAGCAAGGAGGAGCUGAUCCGCAGCCUCCGCCGAGCCGAAGCCGAGAAGAUGAGCGCGAUGCUGGACCACAGCAACCUCAUCCGCGAGGUGAACCGUCGUCUCCAGCUUCAUCUCGGCGAGAUCCGCGGCUUGAAGGAUAUCAACCAGAAGCUGCAAGAAGACAACCAAGAACUGCGAGACCUUUGCUGCUUUCUGGAUGAUGACAGACAGAAAGGCAAGAAGGUAUCCCGUGAAUGGCAGAGGCUGAGCAGAUACAGUGCUAGCGUUAUGCACAAAGAGGUUGCCUUAUACUUACAGAAGCUGAAAGAGCUGGAAGUGAGGCAGGAAGAAGUGGUUAAGGAAAACUUGGAGCUGAAAGAAUUGUGUGUGUUGCUGGAUGAGGAGAAAAGUGGCGGAGCAGGCAGCCGGAGCUCUAUCGACAGCCAGAUCAGCCUGUGCCAGUUAACCACGACAAGUGCUUACGUAAGAGAUGUCGGUGAUGGGAGUAGUACUUCUAGCACAGGAAGUACAGAUAGUCCAGACCAUCAUAAGCAUCAUCCAAGUACUAGUCCAGAACAUCUUCAAAAAAUGCGGGGUGAAGGAAGCCCUGAGCAUCAGAAACACAGGAGUAUCAGCCCAGAGCACCUCCAGAAGCCUAGGAGUUCUGGCAGUCCUGAUCAUCACCUGAAAGGACCAAGUCCAGAACAUCACAAAACCAUUGUCAAAGCACCUGAACAACAAAAGCACAGCAGCAGCAGCCCAGAAACUCUCCCAAAGCACAUUUUGAGUAGUAGCCCUGAACACUUUCAAAAGCAGAGGCCUGGUAGUAGCCCUGAGCAUCAAAAGCACAGCAGUGGCAGCCCAGAUCAUCUUCAAAAGCACACGUCAAGUGGAAGUACAGAACAUCUCCACAAAGUGAGGGGUACGAGCCCUGAGCAUCUCAAACAACACUAUGGAGGAAGCCCAGAGCAUCUCAAACAUCUCAGUGGAGGCAGCAGAGAAGGUACCCUCAGGAGACAAGUAACAGAUGACCUGUCACCUCACCACAGGAGUAUAUACAAUGGAAUGAAUGGUGGGUCAAUGCAUUUAGUGAAAACUCACUUUGGAAAAUUACUAAGGUCGUUUCAGUGUUACUUCAGCUGUUUCUGGAAGAGGAAUAAUGUUUUUUGUGAAAUGAAAGGUAAUAAGUCUGGUGUUAGCUUUAUUCCUUUACCAAGAGAAUUAAUCGGAGUAUACCUGUUUAUCUAUCUAGCAGGUGUUGGGUGGAUUAAAAGAGUAGAGAAGUGCAUCUGGAGUGUUGGUGUGAGGUAUCAAGAAGCAGCUCUUGGCUUUGAUCCUGCUCUGUCGUUGGUAGAAGUAAACUGUUUGUCCCUGGAGUAUUUCAACUGUCUACAAUUUGGACUCGAGCCGCAAGAUGAUGGAGAGGGCAGCUGGUGCUUUGGGUAUCUGUUUAUUGACUUUAAUGAGAGCUUUGCCUGUCCUACCCUUUAUAUAAUCAUUUUUGCAGAGGACUUCUCUCACCA